AUGAUGGCUGCCUCUAGCGAUUCGUCUUCGAUCAAUGUCUCCGUCCGAGUGAGACCGUUUACCAUCCGUGAAGCGGCUCAGAUCUCGAAAUGCGAGGGUGGCCCCUUGUUCCUAGGGGAAGGCUCCUUGGCCGGUGCUCCGGCGCCCAAAUUGAACCAGAAGGGCCUUCGAUCAAUUAUCAAGGUCAUCGAUGAUAGAUGCUUAGUAUUCGACCCCCCUGAAGACAACCCUAUACAAAAGUUUUCUAGAAGUGUCGUUCCCAACGGCAAGCGCGUGAAAGAUCAGACCUUCGCUUUCGACCGGAUCUUCGACCAAAGCGCCUCCCAGGGCGAAGUGUAUGAAUCGACUACCCGGAACCUCCUUGACAGUGUCCUCGACGGCUACAAUGCGACCGUGUUUGCGUACGGUGCGACCGGAUGUGGUAAAACCCACACGAUCACAGGCACGGCACAGCAACCGGGUAUCAUCUUCCUUACGAUGCAAGAGCUAUUCGAGCGGAUCGAAGAGAGAUCCGAAGAGAAACAUACCGAGAUCACUCUAUCGUACUUAGAAAUUUACAACGAGACCAUCCGUGACCUCCUUGUGCCAGGAGGCAGCAAAGGAGGAUUGAUGCUGCGCGAGGAUAGCAAUAAAUCCGUUUCCGUGUCUGGAUUGUCGAGCCACCACCCACAGAGCGUGCAGCAGGUGAUGGAUAUGAUCAUGAAAGGCAACGAAUGUCGCACCAUGUCACCCACGGAGGCAAAUGCCACAUCUUCACGAUCCCACGCUGUUCUUCAGAUCAACGUUGCCCAGAAAGAUCGCAACGCCGACAUCAACGAACCGCAUACGAUGGCGACCUUCAGUAUCAUCGAUCUGGCGGGCAGUGAGCGAGCGAGCGCUACCAAGAAUCGGGGUGAAAGGUUGUUCGAGGGUGCAAACAUCAACAAGUCUCUGCUGGCCCUGGGAAGCUGUAUCAACGCCCUUUGCGAUCCUCGAAAGCGAAACCAUGUGCCUUACCGAAACUCCAAGCUCACCCGUUUGCUAAAAUUCUCGCUCGGUGGUAACUGCAAAACAGUGAUGAUCGUUUGCGUCAGUCCCUCAAGUCAACAUUUCGACGAAACCCAAAACACCCUGCGUUAUGCGAAUAGAGCGAAGAACAUCCAGACCAAAGUUACGAGAAACGUGUUUAAUGUCAACCGCCAUGUUAAAGAUUUUCUGGUGAAGAUCGACGAACAGAUGGCCCUAAUCAAUCAACUGAAAGCCCAGCAAAAAGAUCAUGAGAAGAUCGCCUUUGCUAAAUUUAAGAAACAAACCGAGAAGAAAGACCUGGCCGUGCGCGAAGGAAUUUCUCGGAUUCGCACUGCCUACGAACAUUCAUCGCCGGAGAGGCAGGAAAGGACGAACAAUAUGAUAAAACUAAAACAGGUUAGCCGCAGGAUCGGCUUGUUGUCGUCCUGGAUCGCUGCUUUCGACAAUGUGUGCGAGAAUGCGGAGCUCGAACCGCCAUUGUCGAACCUACAGGCGAUUCGGAAGACCGCCCAGGGAAUUCUCCUGGAGCUCGAGGGUAGCCGACAACACUAUCACCAACGGUUUGCGAAGAGCAAUUGGGAUCGAGGCCUAAACUCUGCCGUCGAGAAUGCUAUCCGCCAACUCCAGGAUUUCGACAUCUGCGACAAGAGCGACCAUGCCAACUUGCAACGCGAGGCAGAACUCCUGAAGUCAAAUACCGAACGGGAGGCGUUAACCGCAGUGGCCGAGCAAGAUAAAGCUGGGGAGGCAGCCACCCUGCAGAUACUUCUGCAAGCUCAAUUCGAGACGGUUUCUGCCAUCGAGAACAUCAUGCAAUUGAACGAGGACGAAGCCGUUGAUGAAGGAAAGAAAAUCCUCACGAAGAUGCUCACUUCGUGCUCCAACGUGGCAGCCAGUGUUGUGAAGCCCGACGGCAACCUACCGUCUUUACAUUCUGUCAGCCCUGUUAAAUCCGGCUCUCCCAAGAAGAAGAGACCGAGUAUGGCCCAUGUUCCGCCCGGCAAGACGCUGAGCGCACCGAUUAGCUUCACACCGGCAGCACCGCCUUCGCCUACCAAGGGCUCUCCGCGGCGCCGGAAGAUGGGCGGUGUUGGGCGAAAGAGCGUCAGCUUCUCACCCAAGAAGUCCGUGUCUAAAACCACGAAGCGAGGUGUCCGCUGGAGGGACGACGAGGAAGAUGGUACCUUGACGGAAUUCCAAAAGACCCCACAAAAGCUGGGAGCCGCCCUUGCUAUUCCUGAAGGAAGUCCUGCCGAUCCUCCACUACCUAGAACCUCCCCCAUCCCCCGUGGAAUCCCCGUGCCCACGCGAAACUUCAGCCCUCAAUACGCCUCAUCGCCGGUGUCUGCAGCCCCGGAACCGACCUUGAAUGUUCAAAAAAACGCCAACCGAUUCAAGGCCGGAUUCCUCGCAAAAAAGACCAGCAGCUCUCCGAUUGCCCCUCCUCCCACAACGACGCUACCCCUGUCCGACAACGAAAAUUCUCCUCUCCGCGACAUCGAAGGUAGCAGCUUCUUGAAUCGCGCAUCUUCCGAACGCCCCUCGAGAAUUGCAGUUCGUACCUCGAGCGGGGGCUAUAGCAGUCCCAUUUCGGACAGUAAGGACAGCUGGAAAGCAAACAAGGACGACGCCAUGCGUAUCAAUUCGGCUAUGAGGCGCAUCUCCGGGGGGCAGUUUGGCACCGGGCCUUCUGCCAAUACUCUUCGGGUUCACCGUCGCCGAAGCCCGGGAUCUGCCACCUAUGGCAGCUCGCCCCCUGAAAACACCAUGUUCACGGCGCAAGCGAGACGAAUCGCCAAGACCGAUAAAGAGGCCGAGUCCAAGCCCCGAGUCUUGAGCCCUCGAACUAUCCCCAUCAUGAAAAACACCGGCCAUCGUCGGACGACGUUCGGUGGGGAUAUGCGCCCUCGAGACAUCAGCCUCAACAGCCGAGACGCCAUCAGGCUUAGCGUGAUGGCCACGCCACGCAUUGAGAGGUCCUCGGAAAACUCAUAUCCUACCUCCAGUGCCGGACUGUGGUAA